CAGUUCAAACCGUCGGCGGUCGGGGAGCAGCGCCAUGGUGAAGCCGCCCUCCGCGAUGCAAGCGGAUGACUUCGACUCCUCUGACGAAGAGGCCGCCGAGGAGGACCUGAGGCCGCUCCCCAUCUCCUGGUUGUCUUUGUCUCCUUUCUACUCUUCUGAGUCCCUGGGAUUAUGUUCCCUUCCAGGUUGCAGGUUUAAGGAUGUUAGAAGAAAUCUUCAGAAAGAUAUAGAAGAACUAAAGAACUAUGGGACCCAGGAUAUAUUUGUGCUUUGUACCAGAGGAGAGCUCUUAAAAUACCGAGUACCAAACCUUAUAGACACCUACCAACAGCAUGGGAUCUAUGUGCACCACUAUCCUAUUCUUGAUGGGGACGCUCCUGACAUUGCCAAGUGCUGCAAAAUUCUGGAAGAGCUCAGAAGCUGCCUGGAAAGUAACCGGAAAACAAUCAUACACUGUUACGGUGGCCUCGGACGCUCGUGUCUCAUAGCUGCAUGUCUCCUGCUUCAGCUUUCGGACACGCUGGCACCUCAGCAAGCAAUAGACAGCCUCAGAAACUUGAGAGGAUCUGGGGCGAUACAGACCAUCAAGCAAUACAAUUACCUCCAUGACUUUCGAGAGAACCUAGCUGCACAUCUGGCAACAAAGGAUACAGUAUUAAGAUCGGUAUCACGGUAAUUAAUACUGAAUUAAUACUGGCGUGGUGUACCUUUGUGUCUACGUGGCUGUGGCAGACACCUGGACAAGACGCCUCACUCCUGAUCUUUAGUUUCUUAUUGCUGCUGCCGAUGUGACACAGCUGCUCACUUCCAAAUCCGUGUGUCAAGUGUUGAGGUGGGGGAAGGAAAUUCCACAGGACAUGCAGCAUCUUUGUCUGUUUGGCAGUCUUUAAUACUCUCUGCCUUAAAAAUACAUGAAAGUGUAUUUGUGUUCAUUACUGUUCUGCUGGUGGCCUGCAUGCCUAAUGAGCUUGCUUUCAAUAUAAUAAUGACUCUUACACAAUGUUUACCUCACGUUUAACAUCACUUGGUACUGACAACAUACACGUCUGCUGCCAUUGAACUGGCAUGCUGAUGUUUUCAUGUUGACAUUCUCUGGGCUGCUUCAGUGAACUUCCCAAGUGGAAGAGA